AUGCAAGCCCUUUCACUUCUCCCUCUGCUUCACACCUUUCCCGAAUUCACCGAACUCUCUUCUGUCUCCGGAAACUUGGAUCCCAAUUUCACUCUCACCAACUUCUGUCGCGAUCUCAGCUUCAGACUCAAAAUCGAUGACAGCGAUGAAAAUCUCCAUCAACAAAAACCGCAAGAGGAAGACAAACACCAACAGCAACAGGAAUUUACUUUUCCGUGUGCUCAUCCUCCUCAAGGAUCGCUCCUUGCCGCCGACGAAAUCUUCGAUAACGGAAUGAUCCGAACAAUUUCCCCUGUUUCCGACCAAUCCAAGCUCUUCUCCGCCGCCGACGACCACGGUGGCCAAGAGUUGCCGCUCCUUCCACCGCCGACGAAGCUCUUCGUGCCACAGAAGUGCGACGAUCUUCCCUGGCACGGCGAUUUGUAUCGUGAAACGACGAAGUUGGAGAGAUGGCAGACGAAGUGCAAUUCCACGGGAUUCUCGAAGCUUUAUCGGUACCGGCUGGACGUUAAACAUAGGAGGAAUAGCGAAGGAAGAGGCGCGUUUGUUUUCCUGAACCCUCCGCCGGAGCCGGAAAAGGUUGAGAAGCAGAAGGAGGUGAAAAACGACGUGGUAAAGUGUGGGAAGCGCAAAACGGCACCGUCGUCUUGGGCACACGAGAAGCUUUACUUGAUGAAUAGGAAGAGGUCGGAGAAUAAUAAACGGCGGUCGUUUUUGCCUUACAAGAAACAGAUUUUUGGACUCUUCUCCAACAUGAACCUUCACCCUUUCUGA